UUAAAGUUAGUUCCAGCAACAUUUGAUGGUGCUUAUUUAAUUUUUCAGAUGAAUACUCAGCCGAAAUUGGUGGUGACUGUUUUCGUAGCAGUAAUCUUAGUAUGUGGUGCGCAUAUCGGCGGCGGUCGAAUGCAAAUGCAGGAGACUAAUCCUCAGAUAUACUGCGGUAGAACCUUGGCGUCAGCUCUCGCGUACCUAUGCUCCAAAGACAACGGUGUAUCCAAGAGGUCGGAUGCAGCGAUUAUGUAUGACGUAAUACUUCCAUACUACAACAGCCAACAAGACUUCCAACUUGAAUGGCCUUGGAUGUCUCCACAAAAAGCAAAGAGCUUCGUCUAUUCAUCGAGGGGUAAACGAAUACCAGGAGUUGUGGACGAAUGCUGCGAAAAAGCUUGCAGUAUUGCAGAGUUAUUGAGCUACUGUUAG